UGACUUUUUUUAUUAUAUAGAAAAUUAAUCUUGCUUAAAAGAAUCCGGUAACAUUAGUAUGGCGAAGAAUAAUUUUGUCGUUGUAACUCUAUUGAAAAUAAUUACACUGUGUUUAAUGACGAUAAGUUGCAUUCUUGCGGACUCAAAUCCUCCGUCUGGAAUAGACGGAUGUGAACGAAAUUUGCCAGAAAAGUUCCGUGCGCGACUUUGUGAAAUGCGACAGUACAUAAUUAUCGAGGAAGCCGGCGAGGAGGAUCAUCUGAAUUGCAUCUUUAACGAGCUAGGUUAUCUCACGGAGCAGGGUGAUGUCAAAAUCGAUAGAAUUCGGAGAGAUUUUGAAAUAACUCACAACUUGAAUGACGAAGUUCAGGCAUCCAUUGAGGAGUGCCACUCGGCUUUGCAAAAAGUGGCACCCAACGAAAAGAAACCAUUUGCCUUCUUCGAGUGCAUGCUGUACAGCGAUAACUUUGAGCAGUUGAGGGAUGUGAUCGAUUUCAGAGAAAUUUACGGUAAUGAUGGUCCUGAAAAUGGCUACGAUCCCAAAGUUGUCGCAAAGGCGGUGAAAGCAAUCGACGACAAAUUGUGUCCUCGCAGUCAGUGCUCGGAUGAAGAUGAGGAAGACAUUGACGAGAGCGUUUCGUUUUCUCCGGAUGAUGCAUUAUUUAUAUCUACACGUUGUUUUGAUUUACAUCUUAGCAAGAACAUUGCUGCACGUCAGCAUUUUGGGAGACCUAACGAAGGAGUAGAGUGUUUUACAAAAUGUGUUCUUGAAAAUUUCCUCAUAUAUUCACGUCAUUCUCUUCACUAUAAGUCGAAUGCAAUAUCUGCUCAAUUUAGUGACUAUGGUGAUUAUUUAGAUCUUCAAGAAGAACAGGUUAAAAGUCUCAUAGAUGACCUUAAUGGAAAGACCAUAAGGAAAGAUUCUUGUGAGGAGAUAUACACAAGCUUCAUUGAAAUCUUCGAACGCCACAAUGAAACUAUGCGAAAGCUUUUUCACCAUCCCAGUUAUGCCAACAGUAUUUAUAACCGUGCUCUCCCACAUAUAAAACUACCCAACGAAACAUAUCCUGCGUUUUGUGAACGAAACUACCACGAAGUUCUUGCUGGAAAAUUAUGCGAAAUUCGAAAAUUUUCGCAUGGAUUAGAACACAAAAGCAAUCUCAAAGAUCCCAUAAGCUGUAUUUUCAAGGGUUUCCGUUAUCUGACUCCUAGUAACGACAUCAACGCUCGGGAAGUGCGUCGCGAUUUCAAACUGAUCGGAAGGUUGGAUCAACAGAGCCGAAAGGAUAUUCACCUGUGUACCAGGAAGGCUCAGCAAGUAUGCACCGAUGAAAGGGCGUAUUUCCUGUACGGGUGCUUGUUGAACAGUACAUCUUCGUCUGCUUUCAAAGAAGCAUUCGAAAACAAAGAAAUCCUUUCCGGAGACUACACAAUGAUUAUUCAAGGACUACCCUACAAUAAGCAGCAUGUUAGAGAGAAAAUUGACCAAAUUGAUAGUCAAAUUUGUCCAGAAGAAACCGAACAAUAAGUAUCUACAAACUUACAUGAUGAUCGAAGACAAAACAUACGUAAUAUUUCUAGUAAAAA